ACCCGGAAGUGCGUUCACAAUUCGGUUCCGGUGCAUUACAGCAGCUGAUGGAAAUGGAGUACAGACACAAAUUUUCAUUAUUUGGUUCGAAAAUGGCACAGUAGUGCAAAGGAAACAGAUAGCUACAUACUUGCAAAAGGAGAGCAUCAGAAGUGAACAUGGAUAAUCAAAACACUGAGGAAAGAUUCAGCCUGGACUGCAUGGAACAAAGUGGCGUCAGUAUUUCGGGGUUCUCAGAUGAGAUCUUGUUGAACAUUCUGAAGCAUGUUCCCAGUCAUGACCUGGUGCUCAGCGUGGGGCGGGUCUGCAGAAAACUGAAGACUUUAAGCCUGGAUAAGAGCCUCACCAACCAUGUCACACUCUCCAAGGAAUAUCUGGCAAGUGAUGAUGCAGUUAAGCAAGUGGUGAAAGAGUUGGCGAGUGAAAUUCAGUCCCUCAGCAUGAGUGGCUGCUACUGGCUUUCUGGCAAUACCAUUGACCAAUUGAUCAGGUGCAAGGGCCUGGUCAAGCUGGACCUCACAGGCUGUCGACUGACGUCAGUGCGCCUAUCCAAGAUACUGUCCUCCCUCCGGGCCCUGCGCUCUUUGGCCAUCGACAUUAACCCUGGUUUUGACUCCAACCAGCUAAGUACUGAGAGCAAAGCUACCCUGAGCCAGGUCAGUGAGCUCAAACAAACCCUUUAUACUCCAUCGUAUGGGGUGGUCCCCUGUUGCACCAGCCUGGAGAGACUGUUGCUGUAUUUUGAAAUCUAUAAUGUCACCAGGGAAGGGGCCACUGUUUGCUGCCAGCUUAUGGUGGGACAGAGCAGUAUCCUGCAUUAUCAGAGACUACAGGUGUUUUAUGCCAGGCUGGCCCCUGGCGAUGUCAAUCAGACACUCAUGAACCUGUACCUGGCCGUCUUCAGCGUACGGGUUCCAGAGCACUUGCGCGUUUUUGUUAUAUCGGUCCCCGGAAACAGCAGCUGGCACGCGGCAAAGAGCUUCCUGGAGGGCAUGGCGAUAAACGGGGCUCUGGAGGCCCUGCAGCUGCCGAGGACGUGGGUGGACAGGUCAGCCCUCCAGCACAUUCUCAAACACAGAGUGCCAGUCCACCUCAACUUCAGCCGUUGCCCGAGUUUUGGUAACCAGGUGAUCCACAGCGUGCUGGACAGUGUGAAGGACCCCAGGCACUUAGUCAACUUGAAUCUGAGCGGCAGCUUUCAGGAGGACAUAGACUGCCACGUGAUGGAGGCCUUAGUGAGUGCCUGUCCUAACCUCAAACGCUUGAACCUCUCUGCAGCGCACUACCACGGCACCCCGGGCUCAGACGAGCACCUCUGCGCCGUCCUGGGCAAACUCAAGAGCCUGCGGUCCCUGGCGCUGCCCGUGUGUGCCGCUUCGGACGGGAUGAAAAACGCGGACCAGGCGCCGAGGGAUGAGCCGGCGCUCUCCAGCUCUCUCCUGCUGGGCCUGAAGAGGAGCGCCCGCGUUGGUGUGCAGACCUACAGGGCGGACCCGGAGCAGAGGGACAGCGAAUCCAGCCACAGCUUCAGGGCGCUGCUCGAGGGGAACCCCUUCCUGGAGGAGCUGGAGCUGAUGGGGUCUAACUUCUCCUCUGCCAUGCCCCGCAACGAGCUCGCCAACCGCAAGGAGCAGGCGGCCUGCGGCUGGGCGGGGCAGAUCGGGGACUCGGAGGUGGCGGAGCUGGGCGGCCUGGCCUUCCUGCGCAGGCUGACCUUAGCGCAGCUGCCUGGCGUCCUCAAGGGAACGGGACUGCUGCAAGUGGCCAUGAGGUGCAGAGAUCUGCAGGUGCUCUCUCUGGCUAACCUGGGGACACUGAAAAAUAUGACCUACAUGCCAGCCCUUAUUGAUGCUCUUCCUCACUGUAAGCAGCUUAAAGACCUCAGACUGGAGCAGCCGUACCUCAAUGCCAACACGCGCUUCUUCCAGGCCCUGAGCCAAUGCCACGCCCUGCGGCGCGUCUGCAUCGUCUCCCGCAACGGGACCUUCCAGUCCGACGCGGUGAUGUCAUUCAUGGACAGCUGUCUGGAUGUGGUCAUGUGCCACAUGUUCAUGGGUGGGACCCUGGUGGUGUGUAGGACCCUUCAGAAGGCCUUGCAGGACAGGUUUACACCUCAGCGCCCGGCGCUAAACGUGGUGAUCUACCCCCUCCUGCACGAAGACCUGGCCCUCCUCAUCAGGGACAUACCCCUCCUCCACCUGGACGAGAUCACGCUCUUCAAGAGCCGCGUGGCCGAGGACCCGCCCCGGCUGUGGUGGUGAUGGACGCGGCGGGCCCUUGGGGCCACGUGCCGGUCGCUCCUGUCAUCUCACGUGCACGCUGCAUACGGCGGGGACGUUCAGGGAGGCGCGUCGCGCGUACAGCCCGGUGGAAAGCCCAUCUUAGCGGUGGAUGGGGUGGGGGGGGAGUUCAGGACCUCAGGCUGUUGGAGGGUCAGUGCUUAUGUGUGGUAUACGCUCUUCAGCGAGAACACUUUUGCUGAAUUGCUCCACUAAAUAACCCAUCUGUGUAAGUGAGUUCUAGAAUAUGUUUAAGAUGUGGUAAUAUAAACACUGCGAGAUAUGUCCAUCUCCCGCCCGCCAUCCCCCGCUCCCCCUUCUCCGAGGCCUGUCUUUUUGAGGCGUUUUUUGCUGCCUUUGUGAUAUGUCGCCGCCGUCGCCACUUCGUUUACUCUACCAAGGAGCCUGAAUGGCGCUUAAAUGACCCACUUCCAGGAGUGUUUCCCCUCGGUGUAUAUCUUCUUGUGGAAAUAGAGAGCUCCUGCUGAUGUUGAAUUGGCUGUGCUGUCCGGGUCUCUGUAGAGGUAAGCUAUUACCGCCUGAUUACUUUUCAACCUCCGGCUCCGGCACCUCGGCGGCUCACCGGGAACACCGGGGCAGGGGAGCGAGAGGAGCCGUCAUUAGCCCCGCUGUCUGUCACCUCUCAAUAGCCGGCCGCUGAGAAUGCGACUGAUUGCUAAUUUUGUAUUGAGCGGCAGUAAUUUGUUAACAGCAACCUAAUUGGGAAGGAGUGGUGGGGGUGGGGGUGGG